AUGACGCGUUUGCUUCGCGACACGCAGCCGCCGGCGGCCACAGCAAUGGGAGGCGGCAUCAACCUUCUCCCCGACGACGUCCUCGCCGAGAUCCUCGCGCGCCUCCGCGACCGCCGCUCCAUCGCCCGGUGCCGGUCCGUCUGCGGCGAGUGGUGCGCCCUCGUCGACGACCGCGCCCUCCUCCUCCCGCACCCGCUCCUCCGCGCCUUCCCGGGCUUCUUCGCCACGGCGGCCAGCGCCUUCCGCCCUGUCUUCCUGUCGUCCCCGUCCGCCGCCGGCGGCGCCGUCGGCUGGCUCGAGCUCGACUUCCUGAGGGGGCAGGUCGGGCUCGACUGCGCCGCCGCGCUGCAGGACCACUGCAACGGCCUCCUGCUCUGCUUCCGGGUGGACUGCGCGGACCAGUCCGUCGCGGCGUACGUCUGCAACCCGGCGACGAGGCGCUGGGCGUGCCUGCCGCGGCCGGCGGCGCCGUGGCCCCCCGGGCGCGACGGCGCGUUCCUCGCCUUCGACCCGGAGGUCUCGCCGGAGCACAGGGUGUUCCUCCUCCCCGUGGGGCUUCCCCGGCCGAGGGCGUUCGUGGCCACUGAUAGCAGCCGCUGCCCCUGGCCGGUGCCGCUGGAUUUGUACAUGCCGGAGUCGUCGCCCGGAGAAGAUGAGCUGGCGCCGCCGGGGAAGAAGGCGUUCCCCGUGCGCGUGUUCUCGUCGGCGGACGGCAAGUGGAGACGCGGGGCUCUCGCGCCGGGGCGGUGCGCGCCGGAGCACCUCUACGACCGGGUGAUGGCGCUGUGCAGGCUCCGCACGGAGGUCAAGGACGCGCGGGUGCGGAGGUGGCGGUCGGCCGAGUACUGCCGCGGCGCGCUGUACGCUCACAGCGAGAGCCACGUCCUGGUGGUGCUCCGGUGGGCGGAGGGGACGUACGACAUGGUCGAGCUCCCGGACGGCGGCAAGGCCGGGUGGGUGAGAUACCCAUACAUGCACGUCCUGGCCGCUCGUCCGCUGGAGCUCGUCUCCUCGAGCCCCGACGGUGGCGCGGUGCGGUACGCGAAGGUGACCAUGUCCGGCCGGGUCAGGAUCUGGGCGCUGGAGGAAUCGUCAUCCGACGACGGCGGCGGCGGCGGCAAGCUCGAGUGGACGCUGACGCACGACAAGGACCUCGCCGAGCACCCGCGCCUUCUCGAGCCACUGGACGACGAUACGCUGGACAGCUUACGGAUGAUGGCGCUCUCUAGGAGUCCAGGCAACGACGACGACAGCGCGUCCGCCGCCGUCACCGCCGCCGACGACGACGAAGAAGAAGACGCCGUCGACGGAUGGUCGAAGCGCUGGAGCUGGGACGAGGCCAUGGUGAGCAUGCCCGAGGUCGACACGGAGCCGAAGGACGAGGCGCAGGCCGCCGGCACGGCAACAGUGCGGCCGUUCCACAUGGUGGGGUUCCACCCGAGCAAGGAGGUGCUCUUCCUCGCCGCCGGCGCGUUCCACGUCGUGGCGUACCACCUCGGGAGCGGCAAGGUGCAAUACUUGGGCCGCGCGACGUCGAGGACGAAGGUCACGCGCGUCGACGGCAUGUUCCCCUACCGCCCGUCCUUCGUCGACGCGCUCCCGUCUCCGCCAUGUUCGUUCCCGAGCUUAAAUGCAGCAAAGAGUCGUCGUCGCUACUGAUAGCGGUCACCCGAAGAUUCAUCCUAUCGAGUGAUAUUUCGUUCAUCAUCAAAUCCUUGCUCUGCUCACUAUUGUAAAUUUGUAAUAUACUUUAU